CGGACUCGCAACGCGACUUAAUGCAACGUUAUCUCGGCUAUGUAAAACACAGGACCAUACAUUUUUACCUUCUUUGGCAGUUGCAAACCACCCCUCAGUUCAUAAGCUUGCGAUACCCGGACAUAUCCUCGAGCACGCGUCGCAUCCCGUUUCCGAGUCGCCAAAAUGGGCCCAGACGACGAUACUACCCAGCUCAUGGCAGCUUUUCGAAAAGCAGGCACGACGAGAUCCGGCGCGAACAGCCGCACGUCUACAAGUGCCACCCCCGUCUCGCGCCGCUCAACGCCACAAAGGUCGCCUGCACGACGCUCGCCGCCCAGAAAACGCGCCUCGAUCGCUGUGGAGAGCUUCCUGUCCGACUCCAGUUUCGGCGAAGAUGUUAUCAAUGCCAAACCGCUGCCAAAGGCUAGGAGACUACUCCAGAUUCGACCAAAGCCUGUACGGAACAAGAGCGAAUACAUCUACUACGAGCCACAAGAUGAGGUGGAAAGUAUCGUGCGCGAGUGUUCGACGCGGGGUGACAUCGCGUAUGAGGUCAAGCUUGUGGGAGGUGGGACUAGAGAGAUCAACUUUGAAGAACUUCUCGAGCUUCCAGGUGGCCCAGCAGCACUCAACAACCACCAGCAAUACGACGAUGCAUCUUCUCCUAGCUCUGACGACAUGAGGCUCCGCGGCAAGACCUCAAGCGCGAACAACGACGAUUUCGUGGAUAUCACCACGAUUGGUAUCUCUUCCUCGGAGGAAGACGACAUCGACGAAGACGAGCUCGCACCCAGCCGAAGGCUCCGCAAUGGGCGGGUGAGCGAGCUGGCCAGGGGCGCGAGGAACAGUGGGCGCGAAUCAAGGAGUCGGUCACGCCUCAGCGACCCCAACGAGCUCACAAGCAGUGACGAAGACAGCGAGGAUACGGGCAGGAAGCGCAGAGGGAGGAAGACGAGGGCGUUGGAACCUACGCGUCGUUCUACCAGACAGCCGGUACCUGUUCAAGCCACCGAUGAUGAAGAGAGCGAGGAUGACGAGAAAGACACCAGCAACUCGGACAACAUCAUUCGUUCAGAUAUCCUACCUGGCCACAAACGCAAGAGGCAAGGUCUCCGUGCAUUCAGGCCUGAGAAGGCCCAGCGCAUCGGUGCUCGUCAGUCCGAGCGAUCUACACGCGCCACGAACAACAUGGAGGAGGCGGGCGAGAACGACAUCUAUCGCUCAGACUCUACAGCAAGGACCUCCGUGCCGCAGGCCAAGGCAGUCCGGGAGGUCUUCGAGACAUUACCUCGAAGCGACUUGUUCCGCUCCCGUCACGUUGAAGGCUGCGAAGUGUGCUAUGAUGGGCCGAACGUCGCUCCCCUCAUCUACUGCCAAGGAUGUUCACUCGCAUAUCACAAAAACUGCUUGGGCACUCGAAGCACUCGUGAGCAUCUCGUCACUAAAGUCGGCGAUGAGCGGUUCGUCCUGCAGUGCAAGCGAUGUGUCAACGUCUACCGGAAGAGGGACCGCUUUGCGCCCAAUUUGGCCAGAUGUCAGGACUGUGGCAAGAACGGCGAUUCCUGCAGACCUUUCAGGCAUCGCAAGACUACUCAGCAAGAGAUGAAGGAGCGAGAAGAGAAUGGCGGCGACGAUCCAAUCACUGACGUACCUUCCAAACUUAUCAACAACCCACACAACGUGCUCUUCCGCUGCACCAAGUGCUCGCGAGCAUGGCACUACCACCAUUUACCACCCUUGUCGCAGUACGCCAUGGACGUCAACCGCUAUGACGAGGAAAUGGCUGACGAGCGCUUCCGCGAGUACUCGAACAAGUGGAUGUGCAAAGAAUGCGACGACACCGAUGAUAGGAAAAUCGGGGGUCUUGUCGCCUGGCGUCCGUCCGAUGUGGAAACCUACCAGCCUGGUACGCCUUGUGAGCUCGUAAAUGAAGACGACAAGCAAUAUCUCAUCAAGUGGGAGAAGCAGUCGUACUUCCACGCAGCAUGGUUUUCUGGUGCUUGGACAUGGGGCGUCAGUGCGUCUGCCAUGCGAAGGGCCUUCUUCAAGAAGGAGGAUGGGCCAAAGAUGCGGACCGAGGACGCCAUCCCCGAGGAGUACCUCCGCAUUGAUAUCGUCCUUGAUAUCAAGUUCACCAGCUAUGUCGAGAUCCGCUCCGAGGAGAUCGAUAAAGCGCGUAUCAAAGAAGUCGACAAGGCACUCAUCAAGUACAAGGGUCUCGGCUACGAAGACGCAGUGUGGGACAAGGUGCCGACAUCGGAAGAUGGUGACAGAUGGCUCGACUUUGUGACUGCGUAUAAUGACUGGGUCGCUGGCCGUUAUGUCAAGGUUCCAAAGCAAGGCCCACUCAAAGCUCGCCUGGAAAAAGCCCGCAACACUCCAUUCGCCAAGCUGGAGAGGCAAGCUCAGCCGGAGAACCUUGUCGGCGGUGAAUUGAUGAAGUAUCAGAUGAAGGGUCUGAAUUGGUUAUACUACCAAUGGUACAACCAGAAGAAUGGUAUCCUCGCCGACGAGAUGGGUCUUGGCAAGACCAUUCAGGUCAUUGGCUUCAUGGCGACACUCGUUCAGGAACACAACUGCUUCCCCUUCCUGAUUGUGGUGCCCAACUCAACAUGCGCCAAUUGGCGACGUGAGAUCAAGCAGUGGGCUCCGUCGUUGCGUGUGGUGGCGUACUUCGGAUCUUCACAAGCUCGUGAGAUGGCGUACAAGUACGAGAUGUAUCCCGAAGGCACCAAAGAUCUGAGAUGCCACGUUGUGGUGACUUCCUAUGAAGCUGCUUCCGAUGACAGCUGUCGACGAUUCUUGCGAGGCGUCAACUGGGCCGGUCUGAUCACCGACGAAGGUCAGCGCCUCAAGAAUGACAAGAGUCAGCUGUACACCGCCCUCUCAGGCGUCAAGGCACCGUUCAGGCUGCUAAUGACUGGUACCCCUCUGCAGAACAACGCUAGAGAGCUCUUCAACCUGCUGCAGUUCCUGGACGAGACUAUUAACGCUGCAGAGCUCGAGGAGAAGUACGCCGAGAUGACGUCUGAAAACAUCAAAGAGCUUCAUGACAUGAUUCGACCAUUCAUCCUCCGCCGUACAAAGGCUCAAGUCCUGACCUUCCUUCCGCCCCUCAGUCAAAUCAUUCUGCCCAUCUCCAUGAGCCACUUGCAGAAGCAAGUAUACAAAUCGAUCUUGUCCAAGAGUCCCGAACUGCUAAAGGCCCUGUUCACCUCGGACAAGGGUCUCAAGCAGCAGGAGCGCGCCAGUCUGAGCAACAUCUUGAUGCAGCUGCGCAAGUGCCUGUGUCAUCCCUUCGUCUACAGCCGCGAGAUCGAGGAGCGCACCGACGUCGCCGCCGUAUCUCAUCGUAACCUUGUCGAAGCGUCUGCCAAGCUCAGCUUGCUUGAAAUUUUGCUGCCGAAGCUAAAAGAGCGCGGUCACCGAGUGUUAAUCUUCAGUCAGUUCCUCGAUAUGCUCAGCAUCAUCGAGGACUUUUUGGACGGCAUGCAGAUGGCAUAUCAGCGUCUCGACGGCACAAUGGGCUCACUCGAGAAGCAGAAGCGUAUUGAUCAGUUCAAUGCUCCGGACUCGCCCUUGUUCGCCUUCCUGCUGUCAACCCGCGCAGGUGGUGUCGGUAUCAACCUUGCAACGGCUGACACAGUCAUCAUCCUGGAUCCUGACUUCAAUCCGCAUCAGGACCUGCAAGCCAUUGCGCGAGCUCAUCGUAUCGGUCAGAAGAACAAGGUCCUCUGCUUCCAGCUCGUGACUCGAGCCUCUGUUGAGGAGAAGAUUGUGCAGAUGGGCCGCAAGAAGAUGGCGCUUGACCACGUUGUCGUCGAGCAGUUGGACGCUGACGAGGACGAAGAGCACGAUGUGGAGUCUAUCCUCAAGUAUGGUGCUGCUGAGCUGUUCAAAGACGACACCGCAGACCACGACAUCCGUUACGAUGACGCGUCGAUUGAGAAGCUGCUCGACCGCAGCCAGAUCGAGAACACUCGGGCAGCUGCUGGAGACGACUCAGCAGAGUCGCAGUUCAGUUUCGCACGUGUAUGGGCCAAUGACACAGGUUCGCUGCAAGACAACCUCGACAUCGUUGAGGAGGAGAUAGCUCCUGACCCAGGUGUGUGGGACAAGAUUCUGAAGGAGCGACAAGCACAGGCUGCCGCUGAAGCACUCGUGCGAGCGCAUGCCCUGGGCAGAGGCAAGCGCGCUCGAGUCAACGUCGGCUACAUGACCGAACAAGAAAAGGCGCAAGCUGCUGCAGUCGACAGCGAUGAAGAGGCCGCACCUCCGUCACCCGUCAAGAUCGACAAGAAAAAGAAGAAGAAGAAGCGAUCUGACACCGAAAGCGAUACUGACUUUCAGGUCGACUCCGAUGAAGACACCGAGGUUGAGCCCGAACCAUCAGAAGGUGAUGUGCAGCAAGAGCUCGCAGCCUCCACUCAACAGCGUCAUGUCAGCGGUCUCGCUCAGCAGUCGUCAGCCCGAACAAGAGGCGAAGAUCAGCUUCGCCUUCCUGAUCAGCUUCGUCUUCCUGAUCAGCUUCGUCUUCCUGAUCAGCUUCGUCUUCCUGAUCAGCUUCGUUUUCCUGAUCAGCUUCGUCUUCCUGAUCAGCUUCGUCUUCCUGAUCAGCUUCGUCUUCCUGAUCAGCUUCGUCUUCCUGAUCAGCUUCGUCUUCCUCAUCAGCCUACCGCUUCUGCACCUGUAGAACGCAGUCCCAUCAAACCGCCGAAGAAGAGCAGUGGUAAGGGUUCAAUUCCAUCACCAAAACCAACAGCCACAGUCAUCAAGAAGACAACUUCUCAGAAAGACGGCAAAGAGCCAACAGUCAUCUCCUUGCUCUCACCACCAGCAUCGCCAAAACUAACAGCAACACCCUCAGUCAAACCCUUCGUCCGUGCCAACAUACCCAUCCGCUCCCCCGUCGAACCGAUGAACUUAUCGCACACGAACCGCAUCUGCCCUGCAUGCCACAAGUCCCACCCCAGUGGGGCUUGCGAGUUGAAGGCUGCGGGCGUCGAACACUGCGGAUUGUGUGGCCUCGCGCACUACGGUCACGGCCGCACAUGUCCACAUAUUAAGAGCGAGACGCAGGUUAGAGAGAUGCUGCAAGCGCUCAAAAACUCGCCCGAGAAGAAAGAACUCGUCGAGCUCGCGGUAAAGUACCUCCGUGGCGUCAAGGGGGCGUUGGUGCAACAGAAGAAGCGCGAUCGCGAGAAAGCUGCUGGUUUGAGCCAAAAUAUGGCGAAUAUCAACAGCGCUGUUGCUGCUGCGACUGGUAGACCGGGUCAACUAUCGGUCGGAGUUGGACCGCUUCCAGCGCCGUCCGAUUGGACGCAGAAACUGCCACAUCCGAAUCAGUAUACGGAGCAUGGGCAGAAACAGCAUAGGCCGUAUAUUCUGCCGCAGCAGAAUGGUGGUGGAGGACAGAAGACGCAUCCGCAGCAACCGCAGGGUAGGCCACAGGGAAGCGGGACGGAGCAUGCGGAGGGGCAGUUUGAUGAGAGGGAUGUCGAGAAUACGCUCAGGGGAGUUCUUGGGGCAGGGAUAAGCGAGUAUGCUGGGAGUGGUGAAAAUUAUGGGUGAAAGUAUUGCAUGCUCACAAGCAAAUGGCGUUAUGGAGCGA